UGAUACAAUUAAAAUGUAAAAUAGUGAUAACGUAUAAAGACAAUAGAAAAAUUUAAAGAAAUAAGUUAUAAAAAUGAGUCUGCAAAUGACCUACGAACUGAAAACAGAGGAACUUAAGAUGUGUGUAGAUGAAAUUUCCGAUGCGCUAAAGACCAUAAGUGCUCACCAAAAGAAAAUUCAAGACAAACACAAGCGAAAAGAGGACGGGUACACCAGUAAAACUCUCGAUAAGUUGGAAGCAGAGUAUCGUGUAAAAUGCAUUGAGAUAAAGACGAAAUGUCAACAUAUGGAAUCGUUACUCCAGACAGUUCCUGUGUCAAACUAUUCUUGGAGAACAAGACAUACAGACAGAUUGACAGAAGACAAUGAUGUGUUGACCACAAGGUUACACAGCCUCGAGGAGUACCGACGAGAAGAAAAUACACGGUAUGCUACUUUGAAAAGAAAACACUUACCCUUAAUGACAUGCCGAUGUCAUUAAUUUUGUAUUGAUUAAAAUCGUUUAAAUUUAAUUUGAUGUAAUCAAUAAAACAAAAGUAUACAUGCAUUUAUUUGUAUGAAUGCUAGUGAAACAGUUUUAACAAGUAAACAAUGGUUUAAGUCUAAUACAUAAGUUUAGAUAUAUACAGUAUUUUAUUUAAAUCCGAAUCAACA